AUGGACAAUACACACCCUUUACGCUUGUUCCAGGGCGACUUCAACAACGAUCACGGGACUUUCCAACAGUUCUGCCUCGUCCCAGCCGAGAUCGCUGCCAAGAUACCGGAGGGGAUCUCCUUCGAGCAAGCGGCGACGAUCCCGUUGGGACUCGGGACCGCUUUUUGCGGCCUCACGCCGGGGCCACCAUUUUUCUGGGAGCUUUUCUAG